AUGCAGGCUCCAACGACUCAAAAUGAACAGAAUAUAGACCACUCAGGUGUGCCCAUUGAAGCUCUGGAAUCUCUGAGACUUAGAUUGACACAGGUCAACAAAUGUCAAAUUGGUGAUCAAGUCAACAUCAUAUUCACACAAUUAGCAUCAUUAUCAGCUACAUUAUCAACAUAUUCAGAAACAUUAGCUAAAACAGUGGUUUAUCCAUUACCUGAUUUUCCUACAACAGAACAAGAAAGUUUAUUAACAACAUUAUUAAGAAAAAAAGCAUUACCAGAAGUUAAUGAAUGGAUUGAAGAUAGUAAAAAAAAAUCAACAGAUAUUUUAUUAAAAGAUGAUGAAGAUUUAACAGAUUGGGCAUUAAAUUUGGUUAUUAAUCAAAGAGAUGAACAUGAAUUUAGAGGAUUCCAUACUAAAAAAGAAAUAGAUGAACAAAUUAAUGAAGAUGAUGAUAUUAAAAUAAAACAAGAUUUUUCAAGACCAAAAUAUUCAAUUGAUGAAGUAUUAAAAUUUAUGUAUCAAGGUAGUUUACCUACAAAAUAA